AGUUUCCUCCAUUUUUCCACACCAUGUCUGAAUCGAGCUCGUUCUCGCUGACCGACCACCCGCACCGCCGCCUGAACCUGCUGAAUGGCAAGUGGAUUCUGUGCUCGCCGCACCGUGCCAAGCGCCCGUGGCAGGGCCAGCAGGAGAAGACGAGCGGCUCGACGCGCCCCGAGUACGAUCCCAACUGCUACCUGUGCCCAGGCAACAAGCGCGUCACUGGCGAGCUCAACGACAAGUACGAGCACACGUUCGCCUUCAGAAACGACUUUUCCGCAUUGCUCAGCGACACUCCCGCCGGCAGCGUCUCCGAGGGCGAUGGCUUACUUGUGGCUCAGUCGACGCGCGGUCGCUGCCAUGUCAUGUGCUUCUCGCCAAAGCACAACCUCACCAUGGCGCAAAUGUCCACCGAGGAGAUUACCGGCGUCGUGCACGAGUGGAUGCGUCAGCAGAAGGAGCUCAGUGCAGAGUACGAGUACACGCAGCUCUUUGAAAACAAGGGCGAGGUCAUGGGAUGCUCCAACCCGCAUCCGCACGGCCAGGUCUGGGCCUCGGACACGGUGCCCGAGGAGGUCUCGCAGGAAGUUGCCUCCUUCCGUCUGCACCGCGCUGACAAGCACUCGUGUUUGCUGUGCGACUACCUCGCCCUCGAGCUGAGCAAGCAGGAGCGAAUCGUGCUGGAAAACGACUCGUUUGUUGUUCUUGUGCCAUGGUGGGCCUAUUGGCCGUUCGAGACGCUUGUUCUGCCGCGCACGCACACGUCGAGCAUUGCUCAGCUCGACGAAAAGCAACAGGUCGACCUCGCUGCCAUUCUGCAGAAGCUCACGUGCAAGUACGACAAUGUCUUUGAGUGCAGCUUCCCGUACUCGAUGGGCAUUCACUCGAGCCCGAACUCGAUGCUUGCAUCUGGCGAGUACCACAUGCACAUGCACUUUUACCCGCCGCUGCUUCGCAGCGCCAGUGUCAAGAAAUUCUUGGUCGGCUACGAAAUGGUGGCUGAUAUUUGCCGUGACAUUACCGCCGAGCAAGCUGCCGAACGAUUGCGCUCGCUGCCAACUGUCCACUACACCGUCUCGUCGUCGUCUUAAGCCCCGCUGCAUCAUCCGUUCGAGGCUUUGUUCUUCUUUUUCAUACCAAUGAUGACCGGGCGCUUGUGAAACAAACAGUUCUUCCUUGUAAAAUCUCAGACAACAUGCACAAAUAGAACGGGGCAAGACUCGAGUCCAAUCAAAUAAACGAACUGGUUCCGGCCAGCAGGGCUCCCAAGUCGCGAACGGAGUCCAAUUC